CCGCGCGCGGGGGUGGGGCGGUUUCCGCUUCCGGGUCGGCGGUCGGGGCCGGGGGGGCUCGCUGCAGCUGCCGCAGCCGCCAUCGCCGCCGCGAUGCCGAAAGGAGGUAGAAAAGGAGGCCACAAAGGCCGAGCCAGACAGUACACGAGUCCUGAAGAGAUUGAUGCCCAGCUCCAAGCAGAAAAGCAGAAGGCAAAGGAAGAAGAAGAGCAAGAGGAAGGAGGUGAAGGAGCAACAGGGGACCCCAAAAAGGAGAAGAAGUCUUUAGAUUCAGAUGAGAGUGACGAAGAUGAUGAGGACUAUCAGCAAAAGCGCAAAGGAGUGGAAGGGUUGAUAGACAUAGAGAAUCCCAACCGUGUCAUUCAGACAACCAAAAAAGUCACUCAGCUGGACCUGGAUGGGCCCAAGGAGCUGUCCCGGCGGGAGCGAGAGGAAAUAGAGAAACAAAAGGCAAAAGAAAGAUACAUGAAAAUGCACCUAGCUGGCAAAACAGAGCAAGCAAAGGCAGACCUCGCCCGACUAGCCAUCAUUCGGAAGCAAAGGGAAGAAGCUGCCAGAAAGAAAGAAGAAGAAAGAAAAGCAAAAGACGAAGCGGCCAUGGCAGGUAAAAGACUGCAGUCACUAUCCCUUAACAAGUAAGCACAGGACACACAAGAGGAGGAACCACCAGGGAACUGUGCCUGGUGCCUGCCAGGAGCUCUGUCGUGUUGCAUACCACAGGUGCCACGUCGGGUGUACUGCAGCAUCGAAGUCACUUCACCUCCAAGAGACACUGACGAUGUGUUUGUCCUCAUCCUGGCACAGAUAUCCAUUUGGGGUUAGGGGCAGCUGCUGUCUUUGGGGCAGAACUGUGCUGAACAGCAAUUCUCUGUAACAGUUUGGAAACCUGAAUGGGGUUUUUUUGUUGACUGGUUUUAGGAUUAAAAACUUAUAGACCGGGGCAGGGCGGGAGGGAGCUGUGUGGGAGGGGAGAUGCUUCAAAUAUUAGAUUGCAAGAAACUAGAUUGUGGGGUCGAGGUGGGGGGGGUGGCAUGGGGUGGGGAACUUUGACUUGCUAGUGAAAGCCCAAAGGAUGGUGUAUCUGAGGAAUCCUUGUGGGCAAACUGCCCAUCACACUUUGCUGCAGGGCGUUGCAGUGUGAGCUGGGAGCCUGACUUCAUGGACAUCUGGAGUGCUGUUCCCAGUUUCAUCCCUCCUUUCUUGCAGCCAGUCUCCCCUUUCCCUCCUCUUCAUUUUUAUUUUGUUUUUCUUCUCCUUGUUAGGGAUAGUGCCAGUUUUUAACCACAUCAUCCUUUGUUUAAAGGAAAGAAACCCACAACAUUAAUUGUAUCAGAACCAGGUGGAAAAAAAAUACCCCAAACUUGAUAAAGUUUGAAAACCAACAACAGCAGAACUUGUAUAUUUGGCUGAUUAAAAUGUAAGUUAUCAUAA